CACCAGCACUUGGGCGACCACAGCGAGCGAACGAUUAUUCUUCACUGUUACGUUGCACUACAUCUUGGCCCUGUUCCGAUCAAUCCCUAGGCUGCCGCACUAGUGCGAUGGCUCUCGCCUCAGGCGUUGGCCGUCGCCAGCAUGUGUCGGCCUCGCCCUCGCGCAGUCGGGGUGUGCCAAGCCCACGCUUGAGCCCUGUCCACGCGAACGCGCCUGCGGUUGCGGAGCGUCGCACAGAGCCCCUCUUAAAGCAGGAGCUGGUGGAUUACCUGAAAUCGGGGUGUAGGCCUCGCAGCGCGUGGCGAAUCGGCACCGAGCACGAGAAGCUGGGUUUCAACCUGGCAGACAACAGCCGCAUGAACUACGACCAGAUUGCACAGGUGCUACGCAAGCUGGAGGCCCGGUUUGGUUGGGAGCCCAUCAUGGAGGAGGGCCGUAUCAUCGGCGUGCAGUUGGAUGGUCAGAGUGUGACGCUGGAGCCCGGCGGCCAGUUUGAACUGAGCGGGGCGCCCGUGGAGACCAUUCACAAGACGUGUGCGGAGGUGAACAGCCACCUCUACCAGGUCAAGGCCAUCUGCGAGGAGCUUCAGACAGGAUUCCUGGGCGUGGGCUUUGACCCCAAGUGGGCCAUCAGCGACGUUCCCAUGAUGCCCAAGGGCCGCUACAAGCUGAUGAAGUCGUACAUGCCCACGGUGGGCUCCAUGGGCCUGGACAUGAUGUUCCGCACAUGCACCGUGCAGGUGAACCUGGACUUUGAGAGCGAGCAGGACAUGGUGGAGAAGUUCCGCAUCGGCCUGGCGCUGCAGCCCAUCGCCAACGCGCUCUUCGCCAGCUCGCCAUUCAAGGAGGGCAAGCCCACCGGGUACCUGAGCACCCGCGGUCACGUGUGGACGGACGUGGACGCCUCGCGCACCGGCAACCUGCCGUUCGUGUUCGAGAAGGACAUGUGCUUCGAGAGCUACGUGGACUACGCCAUGGCGGUGCCCAUGUACUUCGUGUACCGCAACGGGCAGUACAUCAACGCGCUGGGCAUGAGCUGGAAGGACUUCAUGGCCGGCAAGCUGCCCGCGCUGCCGGGCGAAUACCCCACCAUCGCCGACUGGGCCAACCACCUGACCACCAUCUUCCCCGAGGUGCGGCUCAAGAAGUUCCUGGAGAUGCGCGGCGCGGACGGCGGCCCCUGGCGCAUGCUGUGCGCGCUGCCGGCGCUGUGGGUGGGGCUCAUAUACGAUCCGGAGGCGCAGCGCCAGGCCCUGGCGCUGAUUGAGGAUUGGACGCCCGCGGAGCGCGACUACCUGCGCACCGAGGUGACCCGCUUCGGCCUGCGCACGCCCUUCCGCGCCGGCACCGUGCAGGACGUGGCCAAGCAGGUGGUGUCCAUCGCGCACGGCGGCCUGGAGCGGCGAGGCUACGACGAGACGUCCUUCCUCAAGCGCCUGGAGGUCAUCGCGGAGACUGGCCUCACACAGGCCGACCACCUGCUUGAGCUGUACGAGACCAAGUGGCAGCGCUCGGUGGACCCGCUGUACAAGGAGUUCAUGUACUGAGCAGGAGGAGGGGCAGCGGCAGCAGCAGCAGGAGGUGGCGGCGGAGCAGGAGGAAGUGUAUCGGUAUGUCGGAAAGACGACGUUAAGUGACUUGAAAGUGAUGUUUGCGAGAGGCUGAUGCCUGUGCCGUUUGAUGUGAGUGUGAGUACUGCGCCAGUAUUCGCUGUUCGCAACGGCGUUACCAACAUAUUGCGGUGGGAUGCAUAGUUGAUCAGUUUGGUUGUGCCAACCCAACAUUUCUCGCUUGGGCUGAUGCAUGGGCGAACUGCCGAAUGCCUGGGUGGCGCUGGGGGUCAGCAACAUGAAGCUUGUUGUGUGUACAGCCAGACCAGCUUGAAGGAAGACCAGCUUGAAGGAAUGAGCUCGGCCUCGAGCGUUGUGACAAUCGUGCUGUCGUGCGGACAACAUAUUAUGUUGGUGUGCCCUCCGAUGUUAUGAACUUGCUUCGCGUGGGAUGCGAACGCAGGUACAGGUAGAGACCUCAAACGGUGACAGGGACGGGUCUGGGGCGGAAACCUAUGGGUAUCAGGCGAUCUGAUCAAGAGGUGGAUCCGCUUGGGACAUAGCACGCGUGCGUCGUACGAUGAGGCAAUCGGGCCUGUGCCCCGGUUCCUCAGGCAGUCAGGCGCCGGGUUAGUGCGGCGAUGAAGUACGGUAUAGUGCCUACUCAGUGCAUCGGGCGGCGGUGCGGAUAUGGGCUUCACCCGUGCGUUGCGUGAAGCUUUUGGGGUCGUGUGGCUUCGCUGUGCGGCGUGCCAGACGAGGCUCCGAGAUGGUGCUGAACUGGUUGUGAAGGUGGCCGGUUCGGACUUGUAAGGCCCUCGCUCA